AUGAAAAGAAGGGGUAAACAAAAUCAAAAUAUUGACAAAGAGGAACAAGAACAACAAAAUGGUAACGUAAAUGGUGAUGAUAAUGAAAAUGAUGAAAGCAAUGAAAACGAUGACAACAAUCAUAAUAAUAUGAAUGAUGAUAUAAUUAAUAAUAAUGAAAAUGAUUAUAUAAUUAAUAAUAAUAAUAAUAAUAGUGACGACGACGAUGAUGAUAAUGGUGAUGACGAUGAAACUAAACCAAUUGAAAAAGUACAAAUUAAAAAACCAGCAGCAUCAAGGAAAAAAAAAAAGGCAGCUUCAAAAAAACAACCACCAACUACAUCGAUUAUAAGUGUUAGUGCAUUGGAAAGUAGUGAUAAAAAUUCCACAAACCUUGUACCAAAGACUAGAUCUAGGGGUACUAUAGUUCAAAGUGUAGAAAUGUUAACAAGAAAAUUACAAGUUCCCAUUGAAAUUUGUUCACCACCACCUCAAACUUUACCAAUAUUACCAAAUGCGCCCAUAUAUAAAAAACAAAAAUCACUUUCAAAACCAAUACCACAAAAACCAUCACCAAAUAUAUCUUCAAAAAAAUCGAAUAAAUUAGCAGCAAAACAGCAGCAACAACAGCAACAACAGCAACAAGAACAGCAACAGGAUGAAAAAAUGGGAGAGGAGGAAGAGGUUUCUCAUCAACCACCAAAACCACCUCAUCCAAGAGCAUCAAAAAAGAAAAAAUCUGGAGCAAAAAGAAAACCAAAUAAUAGAACCAACAACAAUAAUAGCAAUAAUAACAAUAACAAUAAUAAUAAUAAUAAUAGUAAUGACAGUGAUAAUGAAACUAAAGAACCAUUGGUAGAUAAAGUGAAUGAUCAUAAUGAAGAUAAUAGUAACGGUAUUGAUGAGCCAACAGAAGGAAUGGAAAAUGAAGAUAAUAACACCAACAAAAAGGAACCAUUCAAAAGGAAAAACGCAGUAAAAUCACCAAAUCAACUUCAUCCAUCAAUCGAAUCACCACCACCACCAAGAAUAAAUGGAAAAACUCAUAUAAGUGGAGGUAAUAAAAGAAAGAGUAAAUCUGUUACUAAAUGUGUUAUACCACUUUUAGAAGGUUUAAAUGAUGAGUUAAAUGGUGGAGGCUCAGAAGAUGAAGAUGAAGAUGAAUAUGAGGAGGAAAAUGAAUAUAUUAAAAAGAAAAUAAAAAUAAAGAGUAGCCUUAGACAACCACCAUAUAUAGAUGAUGAACAAGAGGAUGAAAAGGAAGAGGGCAAUCAAGAGGACAAUCAAGAGGAUACUGAAGAUGAUAAUGAAAAAGAAGAUGAUGAUGAUGAUGAUGAUGAUGGUGACGAAAAUGAAUACAUAAACAGUAAUAAACGUAAAAGGAUAAAUAGACGAACUAAGGGUGUCACAAAAUCAAAAAUAAAACUAUCAUCAAUACAACAUCUAUUGGACGACCAAGAUGAAUCAUUCUAUAACCUUCACAAACAAAAUAAACAACAACAACAACAACAACAACAACAACAACAACAACAACAACAACAACAACAACAACAACAACAACAACAACAACAACAUCAUCCAUCACUUGCUAAAGAUAAGAGUGUAAAAAGGGUGAGAUUUCAUAUAGUGGGAGAAGAGAAAGAUGUGCACGAGGCUGAAACAAAUGAAGAAGAGGAGAGGGAGGAAGAAAAGUUAUUUCCUUCAAUUGAAGAGUAUUAUGGUGAUGGUGAUGGUGAUGGUGAAGAUAAAAAUACAACAUCAAAAACAAUACAAAACAAAAAUCAAACACCAACUAGGUCAAAAAGAAUUAUCACACCAGUGGUACCAUUUCUACAAAAAGAAUCAAGAAAAUCAAAAAUCAUAGACACUGCUAACAGGAGCAAUACUACUCGAUCAACAAGAUCCAAAUCAAUUAAAGAUGCUGAAAGAGAUAGAGAGCUACAAAUUGUAUUGGUAAGAGAUAACGAUUUUGGAAGUGAAAAUGACGAUUACAACCCAUCAUCAUUGCCUCAAAAUGAUCAAUUCUAUAGGAACCGUAUAAAACUUCUCAAUACAAAAGAUGACAAAAAGAUUCCAAAGGAUCUUUUACCACCAUAUAUAAGGAGUCAAAAUCUUGAAAAAGGUGAUAGUUCAGAAGAGGAAGAGGAAGAAGUACAAGAACAAGAACAAGAAGAGGAUAAUGAUAAUGAUAAUGAUAAGGAUAAUAAUAAUGAUAAUGAUAAUGAUAAUGAUAAUGAUAAGGAUACAACAAAUGAAUUACUAGUUACACAAAAACAAAAGCAAACCAAAUUAUCAACUAGAUCAUCAACUAGAUUAUCAAAUGGUAGUUCGCAGACUCAACCUCAAUCUUCACCUAUACCUACACCUACAUCAUCACAACCUCAAACUCAAGCUCAAACUCCAUCUCAAACUCAAACUCAAGCUCAAACUCCAUAUCAAACUCAAACUCCAUCUCAAACUCAAGCUCAAACCCAAACUCAAGCUCAAACCCAAACUCCACCUCAAUCACCAAAAAAAACUCCACCAACACCAACAAAAACUCCAUCAACACCAACAAGAUCAUCAACAAGGAGAUUAACCACUCUUGAAUCAAUACCUCAAUCACCACAGAAAGUUCCAUCAACACCAACAAGAUCAUCAAGGUCUCAACAAAAAGAACAAAAAGAAUUAGAACCACCAUUAACACCAUCGAAAUCAUCAAAGCUUGGACAUCUUGAUGAUUUAAUUAUUGGCGUCGAGAAUGGAUAUAUUAAUAUCUAUAGUACAGAGAGAUGUCCACAUUUAACUCAUCUAAGAUAUGAAAGUAUCAAUGAAAAAUUAUCCAACCCAAAUGAGUGGAAAUGUACAGAUUGUCAUUACACCCAUCCACUUUUUCUUUGUUUAACUUGUAAUAAAAUCACUUGUGGUACAUUUAAACAUAAACAUGUAUCAGCUCAUUAUAAAUCAUCAAAUCAUCCUUUGGUUUUUGGUAUUAAAGAUAAAUUUUGUUAUUGUUUUAUUUGUAAAAAGUUUGUUGAAAAUGAUAAUGAUGAGGGCGAACUUGAAUUAUUAAGAGGUAUUGCAUAUGAAUCAUCAUUUAAUUUCUUAAAAUCAAGAUUUAAUACUGAAGAAAAAAUUACUCAAGAUGAUAUUGAAGAGACAGCAUCAAGCUAUUAUGAGAUGGUAUUAACAAGAAAAAUAUUCAAAAUUUGGAGUGAUUCAGUAGAACAUGAAGAAGGUGAUGAUUGGAGAUCUAAUGAACGUCAUUUAGAUCAUUUAAAGGAUUUAUAUACUUUUGUGGCUAAUAAUGACCCAGAAGCAUCCUCACGUUCAAAAGCUUUCUUUAAAGAAACUUUAAAUGAAAUGAAUGAAGAAAAAGAAGAGAGAGAAAGAUCAUUAUCAACAAAAUAUACAACAACAACAACAACAUCAACAUCAUCAUUAUUAUUGUCAUCAUCAACUACUACUACUACUACUACUAACAAUACUUUAACACCAACAUUAAUUCCAACAUCAAUUAACCUUUCACCAUCAUCAUCUGCAUCAUAUAGUAUUGGUAUUGAUACACCAGAUCAAUUCGUUAUGAAUGAAAGAUUAAAAGAAAUUGAAGAGGCUGAAGAAAUCAUUAAACAAAAAGAAUUAGAAUUACUACAACAAAAACAACAAGAAUCACAAGAAUCACCACAGCAACAAACAACAACAACAACGACAACAACAACAAAUGAAUUAUCCACUAAUCAACAAAACCAAAAUGAUUGUGAUGAAAAAGAUAAUGAUCAAAUGAAUAUAGAUAGUGAAGAUUCUAAAAUUCCUUCAAUUUCAAUAACUUCAAAUGAUUCUCCAACUGAUAAUAAUAAUAAUAAUAAUAAUAAUAACAAUAAUAAUAAUAACAGUAAUAGUCAACAACAACAACAGUCACCAAUUGAGAGUAUGAAUAUUACACCUCCUGCAUCUCCAUUAAAGUUAACAGGAACCUUAGUUAAUGAUGAUAAAGGUAAAAGAAAUUAUUCUAGUAGUUAUUUAAUGUCAAAAGUUGCAUCAUCACCAAUCAAAAAAAAUAAAUUGAUUCCAGGUGUUACAGGUCUUAGAAAUUUAGGUAAUACUUGUUUUAUGAAUACAAUUUUACAAUCAUUAAGUAAUAUAGCAGAAUUUAGAACUUUCUUUUUUGAACUUAGAUUUGGAGAUAAUAAUCAACCAUUAAUACCUUCAAAACCACCAUCUCAACCACCUCAACAACAACAAUCAUUACCUAAAGGUAGACAAUUGUUCACAAAUGAUAAUCUACAAACCAAUACUAUCAAUUCAACAAAUAAUAAUAAUAAUAAUAAUAAUAAUAAUAAUAAUAAUAAUAAUACUUCACCGACCACCACAACAGCGGCAACAACUACUAAUACAACUACAACUAGUAAAUUCAAUCCACAUCCAUAUCAAUAUGAUGAAAUGGGUCAACAAACUACACCAUAUUUAAAUGGAGCUAAAGUUAGACAGAGUACAUUGGAAUGUUUGGAGAUUUUACAAAAGAAAAAGAGCGUAACAGAUAAUCUUGAUGAUAAAUCAUUUACUUUGCAACUUCAUUAUCUAUUUAGAUUACUAUGGUCUGGUAAAUGGAGUGUUGUUACACCAUCGAGUCUAUUGGAAUCAGUUUGGAGAAAUAUACCAAAGUUUAAAAAUUAUCAACAACAAGAUGCUCAAGAAUUCCUUUCAUAUCUAUUGGAUGAAGUAACAAAAGAAUUAAAUCCAAAAAAGAAAUCUAAUCAAAAUUCAUCAUCUGUUGAUAAUAAAUCACAACCACCACCACAUCCAACUAUUCCUACUAGAAAAAGUUCUAUUAGAUUAAGACAACAACAAUCACCACCAACCUCACCACCAUCAUCACCAACAACAACAACAACAACAAAAACAUCAUCUUCUAGAUUUAAAAAAAGAAAUACUAAUGAAUCAAAAAAGAAUUCAAUUAAUGAUUUGGUUACCCAAAGUGAUGAAAAUUCCAACCAAACUAUAAAAGAAACUAAAAAGAGAGGCAGAAAUAUUACAGAUGAAAGUGAUGAUGAACAUCAAAAUGAAGAAAAUCAAAAUAAUAAUAAUAAUAAUAAUAAUAAUAAUAAUAAUAAUAAUAAUAAUCAAACAACUCAAAUACCUGAUGAACAAUCUGAAAUAACCUUUAUAUCUCCAAUGGAUAUCAAUAAAUCAAAUAGUUCUCCAACUAUUAAUACACCAAUAACAUCACCAACAACAACAAAUACAACAACAACUGAUUCAUCACAAACAUCAAAAACUACAGAACAACCACAACAACCACAAUCACCAGAUAUUGUAUCGAAAAUUUUCCAAGGUCAAUUAAAAAGUGAGAUUAUCUGUUCAAAUUGUAACAAUAAUGUCUCUAGAAUUGAACCAUUUUUAGAGUUAACAUUGGAUGUUCCAGUGUUUAAUCAACCAAAAAAGAUAACUAGAACAAGAAAGAAAUUGGCAAUUGAUACCACCACCACCGAUUCUGAUGGUAGCACAUCAAAUAAUAAUAUUUAUAAUCUUGAAAAAUCAUGUACAUUGGAAGACUGUAUUCAAUUCCUAACAAAACAGGAAAUGUUGGAAGGUAAAAUGUAUUUCUGUGAAGCUUGUAAAUCAAAACAAGAUGCUAAAAAACAAUUCACUAUUCAAUCAUUACCAAAUAUCUUGUGUAUCGUUUUAAAAAGAUUCUCUUGGGCUCAUUCAAGUAGUUCAAAAAUAACAACCAAAGUUAAAUUCCCUUUCGAAUUGGAUUUAACUCCUUUUGUAAAUAAUAAUAAUAAUAAUAAUAAUAAUAAUAAUAAUAAUAAUAAUAAUAAUAAUAAUAAUAAUAAUAGUAAUAAUAAUGAUAAUAGAAAUAAUGAAAAUGACAAAACUGGAAGCAGUUCAAGUACUGAUUCUGGGGUUGAAAUUAAAGAUCAAUUACAAGAAGAUGGAGAUAAAAGUACAUCAGCAAGUGAAGAUUUGGAUGAUGGUAUAGAAUUUAUAACAAAUCCAAUGCAGAGUGUCACUACUAAUACUAAUAAUACUACUACUACAACCACUACUGCCACUGAUUCUGAAUCACAAUCAGAUAUUUUAACAAUUCCUCAAAUAUCAAGUGAUCAGGGUGAAAGUAAUGAAAACAAUGAAAAUAAUAAAAAUGAUAAUAGUAAUAAUGAUCAAUCAUCAUCAACAACAACAACAUCAACAAAUGUAAUUAACACUUAUGAACUUUUAAAUGUUAUCAAUCAUCAUGGAUCGGGAUUAUUUUCAGGUCAUUAUACUGCAUUUUGUUUUAAUGAUCAACAAGAGAUUUGGGUUCAUUAUAAUGAUAGUAGAUCAAGAAUAGUGGCAGCUGAAGAAGUUAUCGAAGAUUCACAAUCAAAUGCUUAUAUUUUAUUUUACCAAAGAAAAGAAAUACCAACUAAUCAAUAA